CGGUAUAUAUCGGCUGUAUCUUCGCUAUGGGCAACGACAACAGCAAUCGUGGCUCACGAGCCUUCGUUCCUGGGCCCACAGGCACAAUGACAUUUCACACGCCUUUUCCCCUGCUCCAAGAAGCCCAACGUCAAUAUCACGUCUGUGGCUCACCUUAUGAGUCCCCUCACAGCUCCUCCGACUCUGGCUACGGCUCGGCUCCCCCAACUCCAAUCACACCCCACAAGAAGAGGACUCUCAUCGAGGCCGACUACCUUUGGAGACUGGGCGAUAGGAAUCUCUCGGAUCAAGAAAACUUCUCCGAGUCUGACGAUAAGAACACAUCAGAUCAGGAAUACAAGCUAGAAGCCUACAAUGACAGGGAAAGACGUCCUCGUGCAGCCGGCACAGAAGCAGUAGACAUCAAGUGUCCCGAAGAUGAAAGCCCUAGGAAGCGCCAUAAGCCCGCGACAUUACCCAGGAGCUCAGCUCGCUCUCGUCCACCUCUUCUGUCCUUCUUUACUUCCGACUCUGGUACCAAGAUCCCGCGGGGCCUUAAGACCAGCCUAAGCCGCGGUGGAAACAGUUCGACUCGCAUUCCUGACCGCUUCAUCCCCUCGAGGACACUCUCAUCAAACACCGUCGAAAGGUUUCGCACCAGCAAGUCGCCACACGAGUUGACCACACCUGAGAAACUUCUUCGUCACAAUUCGGCCACUGAGGAUGCCUUUUCUAGUCAUCGCAGAGUUGUGGCGACCAACACCUUCGAUAUUGGGCCGCGAGCCCGCUCAAACAGAGCAGCAAGUCGGAACAGAGUAGGCAGCGUUCUCGGCCCCGUCAAUACAAACGCAAGUUACCGCCAAGAUAGGCAAUUCAGCCUUGGCUCAAUAUGGGCCGUUGGUGGUCUUGCCCCGCCCGCAGAGACAGCAGUUAACAACGGCCGUGGCCAUUUGAUGAGGAGUGGUACAAACGCCAGGCUUUUUCGGACGUCAUUCCCGACCAUCAAGCCAAAAGCCGAGGAAGAACGUGAGAAACACGAAGCCCGACUGGCAACUGCCUUGGGUCUUGAUCGCGCGGCCCGGGUUCUGGACGUCAACAUCAUUCCCCGCCAAACCCAAAGCAAAGAGGAACGGUCUAACAAAUCACACACACAAUGGACCGGAACAGAAUGGGUCAAGGAAGGACCGUCUCCAAAGCAACAGAAAAAGAAACAAGAAAACAGGACAUUGCCGACCGCUCCUUUCAAGGUUCUCGAUGCCCCCAACUUACGAGACGAUUUUUACUGCUCAAUCCUAUCCUAUUCCGCGACUUGUCGGACUCUAGCUGUCGGCCUGGGUGAUCUUCUUUACGGCUGGUCGGAGUCCCGCGGAGUUCGUCUGCUCAAUGCUGGAACCCAGGACGACUGCCAUUUAACCAGUGUUGCUUUUUCUUCGGCAGAUGGCCACAAAGCUAUUUUGGCCUACGGUCGGUCUAACAAAACUUUAGGACUGAUGUCUUUGCUCGACGACGCAGAUCCCGCAACCUCGCGUGCUGCCCCAAUUCCGCGUUUUGAGGUUCUUCAUCCUUCACCUAUUGCUUGCUUGAGUUGGAAACCAUCAUGCACCAUGCGGCCCUCAGGCUGUCCCUCAACACCCGGCGUGCUCGUUGCCACUGAGGAUUUGCUUGUGGGAGAUGAGGCAGGUCGUGUUUGGUACUAUUCUGUUGAGUGGCCGGACAGGUGGGAAGUUGAGCGUCAUAACUGGCAAGGACAGCUGACGCUGCUGGCCCGCAUCGACGUACACUCUCAACAAAUUUGCGGCUUAUCCUGGUCACCCAACGGCGAUCGCUUUGCUACAGGAGGCAAUGAUAACCUGUGUUGUCUGUUCGAAACGCAAAAGGUUCUAGACAUGAACUACGCACGCCGUAACAUGGGACGCGUACGGCACACUGAAAUAUCGCAGCACUCUCAUACGCAAGGAGAUUCAGAGAGUUCGUCAGCAACAGAGAUCGCCACAGAGAUCCGUACAACUCCCAGGCCCGCCAGCGUGAUUCCAGUCCUCAAGCCAGGAGACGAACGAUACAGGUGGCUGCAUAGAGCUGCAGUCAAAGCAAUUGCGUUUUGUCCGUGGCAGGAGGGUUUGGUGGCAACUGGAGGCGGAUCAAACGAUAAGUGCAUUCAUUUCUUUCAUACGACUUCUGGCGCCGCCCUUGCAACUAUAUCUGUGGCUGCGCAAGUCACAAGUCUGAUCUGGUCCACGACCCGACGCGAGAUUGCCGCUACCUUUGGUUACGCUCAACCGGAACACUCGGUGCGGAUUGCUGUCUUCUCUUGGCCCGACUGCCGCCAAGUUGCUGCUGUUCCCUGGGCUGGGGAGCACCGAGCUCUCUAUGCAAUUCCUUAUCCCAGCGGACCUAAUGAUGCUCGCAAAUCGGGGAACAGCGGAGGUAGGGCGCGAGGCUCCAACCGCACCGCGAUGGAAGGCUGCAUUAUGGUUGCAUCGAGCGAUAAGAGCGUCAAGUUUCACGAGGUAUGGACGGCGGACAAGAAAGCCACAACCGGAGGGGUGGGCAUGCUUGGUGGCAGUGAUAUCUUGGAGAGCUUGGAAGGCAUCGAUAGAGAAGGUGACGUGAUCCGGUGAUAAGCAAACGAAACUGCCGGACGUCACGAAAAUGGAUGAGGUGCAAGAAGGUUGAAGUGAUAAGCUACGAACACAAAGGUUAGGAAUGGGGAAAAGGAUUUGAAGGGAUCAUGAGAAUGAAGCCAGCAUGAGGACGCUUAGAGAACCGCCCUGAUAUUACGAUACCCUCCAAAAAGCUAAUGGUAUAGUGGGUUCGUGCUGGUGGUGGGAACGUGGGUAAGUAGGUAGAAAGAAGCACGUAGUAUGCAAGCUCUGAGUGGGAAAAGGAUGGGUCAGAUUGAGCAGUAUUGAAAACAGUACAUACACAGCAAGCAGUAAAUUGACGUUUAUUUCCAAG